CAGGUCGGUCCUACUUUAGACCCGUUGGAGCAGCAGUCUAAUAAGCGGUCAGCAUCGGUUCUUUCUUCGCCCUCAGACCUUCAGGUCAUCCAACCGUGAAGCUAACUGGCAGCUGCUGCCUACUGCGCAUGCUCCACCCAGUUUCUCCGGCAGUAAAGACGGACCAUUUUUAACGGUUAAAGAUGACGACUUCAUGGAGUGACCGCCUGCAGAACUGUGCUGAGCUACCAGCUAACAUGGACGGCAUGGCUAUGAAGAAAUAUCGGCGUGAAGCUCACCACAGCUUUCCGAGGGAUCUGGCUCAUCCUGCAAUGAGGGUGUUUGUUAACCGGAGCCUUGCCAUGGAGAAAAUCAAGUGCUUUGGGUUCGAUAUGGACUACACUCUAGCUGUGUAUAAAUCUCCAGAGUACGAGUCGCUGGGGUUCGACCUGACAGUGGAGCGCCUCGUUUCUAUUGGUUAUCCCCAGGAGCUGCUGAACUUUGUCUACGAUCCUUCCUUCCCCACCAGAGGUCUGGUGUUUGACACCAUGUUUGGUAACCUGCUCAAAGUGGACGCCUAUGGGAACAUCCUGGUGUGCGCACAUGGUUUUAAUUUCCUGAGGGGACCAGAGAUCAGAGAGAUGUACCCUAACAAGUUCAUCCAGCGUGGAGAUACAGACCGUUUCUACAUCCUCAACACUCUCUUCAACUUGCCAGAGAUGUACCUGUUCGCCUGCCUGGUGGACUUCUUCAGUAACUGCCCCAGAUAUGCCAGCUGUGAAUCUGGCUUCAAAGAUGGAGACCUGUUCAUGUCGUACAAGAGUAUGUUCCAAGACGUGCGAGACGCUGUGGACUGGGUCCACUUCAAGGGAUCGUUGAAGGAGAAGACCGUUGAGAACCUGGAGAAGUAUGUGGUGAAGGAUCCAAAGCUCCCUCUGCUCCUCAGCCGCAUGACUGAAGUAGCCAAGGUGUUCCUGGCCACUAACAGCGACUAUAAAUACACAGAGAAAAUCAUGACCUACCUGUUUGACUUCCCUCACGGCUCGAAGCCCGGCAUGCCCCACCGGCCCUGGCAGUCCUACUUCGAUCUGAUCCUGGUGGACGCCCGCAAGCCCAUGUUCUUUGGGGAGGGAACCGUCCUGCGGCAGGUCGACACUACCACAGGUCGGCUGAAGAUCGGAACUUACACCGGACCUCUGCAGCACGGCAUCGUCUACUCUGGAGGUUCGUCAGACAUUGUUUGUGACCUGCUGGGUGCUAAAGGGAAGGACAUCAUCUACAUUGGAGACCACAUCUUUGGAGACAUCCUCAAGUCGAAGAAGCGUCAGGGCUGGAGAACCUUUCUGGUCAUACCUGAGCUGGCCCAGGAGCUUCAUGUGUGGACUGACAAGAGUGCCAUUUUUGAGGAGCUUCAGUCCCUCGACUGCUUCCUGGCUGAUCUUUACAAGCAUCUAGACAGCAGCAGCAAUGAGAGACCAGACAUCAGCUCGCUGCAGAGGCGCAUCAAGAAAGUGACCCAUGACAUGGACAUGUGCUACGGCAUGAUGGGAAGCCUGUUCCGCAGCGGGUCUAGGCAGACGCUGUUCGCCUCACAGGUGAUGCGCUACGCCGAUCUGUACGCCGCCUCCUUCAUCAACCUGCUCUACUACCCUUUCAGCUACCUGUUCAGGGCGGCACAUGUUCUGAUGCCUCACGAGUCCACGGUGGAGCAUUCUCACGUCAACUUGAUCGACACCGAGUCGCCGCUCGCCACCCGCAACCGCCGAGACUUUGACAUGAAGGAGAUGGAGACCAAACGGCACCAGCUGACCCGAUCCGUCAGCGAGAUCCAGCCGCCUCACCUGUUCCCCCAGGCUCCACAAGAAAUCACCCACUGCCACGACGAGGAUGAUGAUGAAGAGGAGGAGGAAGAGUAGAUGGAGGAUGUUUGUACACGGAGCAUUUUUUUAUUUGUUCAAAGAUACAUUUUUAUUCAACGUUUGGACUGACGGUUAAAGGUUCUACAGAACAUGUUGAGGUGAAUCCGCUGCAGGCUGUUGCUUUAUGACGGCUUGGAUCUGGUUGGUUCUAGCGAAGGUUUUCUGGUUCUGAUCUGCUUUGAUCUCACUGUUUGGGUCUUUGUAAGCCUCAGUCUAACGGUUCCUGCUUUUCUCCUGCUUUGCUGUGGUCUACCAGAUGGUAGAACCUUUAUACUGUAUGAAUUCUUCUGGGACCAGGUUCCUCCAUGGAAACGGAGUUUUUGUCAGAAGCCUUCACAUUUUAAUCAGACUCUGU